AUGACUGGUGAUUAUGUAAGAGUUCAAUGGGAUAAGUUGGUCUGGAAUAGGCUGACUGUUCCAAAACAUAGGUUCUUUAUGUGGCUUAUUAUGCUGGAUAGGCUACAGACCUCAGCAAGGUUGUGUAAAUAUGGAAUCAGUGAGAGGGCCAACUGUCUCAUUUGUGAUAGAGAAGAGGAGAAUCAAGAUCAUCUGAUUAUACAAUGCAAAUACAGCAUGGCAAUCUGGAAGAUGAUCAUGAAAUGGCUGCAAAUCAAUAGUAAUCACUAUACUACUGAUGGAAUGACUAGAUGGUUGCAAAGGUGUAGAGCCAGCAAGUUUAAAAGACAGGUUUAUAUAGCCAUAAUGGCAGCAGGGGUCUAUCAUAUAUGGCUGACUCGAAAUGAGGUAUUAUGGGACAAAAAAGUUGUUUCAGUGGAUGUGCUUGUUAAUAGAAUACAAAGAGUAGUAGUAGAUAGAGUAUACAGUGUAAUUCCUAAGAAGAUUAACAAAAGUGAUAGAGAAUGGUUGAGAAUAAUAACUCAACAUGUAGCUAGAAGAUGA